AUGACCGGCGGUGGUCUCUCCUCUAAGUUCUGUUUUUAUUUUUAUUACAAGGCCUCGAUAUAUCUCUCUAUCUGUCUCUCUUGCUCGAUUUUGCCUUACGCCCUUUUUUUUUCUAAAUCUUUUGUUUCUCCAUCUACAUCUUCCGUAUUUUGCGCUUGCCGACUUUCUUCCCCCCCACUCCAUAACUAUAUUUCGUUCUCAAUUCUUUUCUCCAUUUGCCGCCAUUUUUCCUCUAUCAUAAAUUUUCCCUACAUUCUCCAUUAUUCCAUAUUUUUUUCAUCAUUUUCACGCUAUUUCCUACGCUAUCCUCUUCUUCCUGACAUUUAUAUAACAAUUCUCUCCCCCCCCUUUUUUUUUGCUCUUUCUUCCACACUGUCUUUCUCUUUUACUCUUUUUCAUUACGCUCUUUUACUCAGAGUACCUUUCUCUUGUUACUUUUCUAUUCUUGAAAAAUCAUUCCGCUUCACUUGCUAUCCUCUUCCGCCUCACCGGCUAUCCUCUUCCGCCUCACCGGCUAUCCUCUUCCGCCUCACCGGAUAUCCUCUUCCGCCUCAUCUGCUAUCCUCUUUCGCCUCACCUGCUAUCCUCCCCCCACCUCAUCUGCUAUCCUCUUCCGCCUCACCGGCUAUCCUCUUCCGCCUCACCUGCUAUCCUCUUCCGACUCACCUGCUAUACUCUCCCCUUCUUUCUUUCCUUUCUCCCUUCCUUUCCCACUCUACCUUCCUUCUCUGUCUUUCUUCUACUCUUUCCUUCUUUCUUUUUAGUGUUUUUCGAUUUUCUCUCUUCUUCCUUUCUUACCAUCCUUCCCUUUCUUCUUCCUUGGGAACUUUUCCUCCUUCUUUCUUUCAUUUCUUUCCUUUCAUCCCUUCCUUCCUCCCUUCCAUUCUUUUGUUUUCUUCCUCUUUUCUCUUUCUCUUCCCCCCUCCCUUCCGAACACGUGCUUUUACUUCUCUUCUCGUUUAA